GGUCGAGUGACUUACAGCAGCUCCAGCCUGCUCGGCCCCGGCUCUGUGGGCAGGAUGAGAUAGUUCCUCCUUGAAGGCUGUCGGGGAAACGGUCAGCUCAGGACGACAUGCGGACGGUCGGACGGCAGCACGGCGCCGCUCUCCAGCUCCGCGGCUCGCUUUAGAUCUGCUUAACGCAGGAGCUGCACUGUGUGAUGCCAAAGACAAACAGACUUCAAAGAAGGGAGCCACCACCAACAAUUCCAAAGCUGCCGCCGCAAAUUACCCCUGUCUACGCUGCACCAGAGUAUACCCAGCUCCAGGAUCGGCCUUGACCCAGAAGAAAGUGUUUACGUCUCUUGCAUGUUCCUGUGACGCCGGCGGGGAACAUGUCCAUGUUCAGCACGGGCAUCCUUGUGUUGACGUCCCCCCUCAGCGUCCUGCCCUUACGCAUCGCCCCCGUGCUGAGCUCGGCCGCCCAGCUGGUGGAGCGCACGCUGUACGUGCACCUCCACCCCGGCUUGAAUCUGGGCGGCGCGAGCCAGCCCCGGCCGGUGUUCAUCCCGCCGGUGGUGGACCUCUCCACGCUCAUUUCCCGCCUCUACAGCAACGCGGCGGACGUGUGCGGGCACCUGGACGUCCGCGUGCUGCUCACUAAUAUACGCGCUCACUCCGCCGCCGCCGCCGCCAACGGCCCCUUCCCCACGCCACAAUCUCUGGCUCACUCUCCGGAGGUGGUGCUGACGGACUUUGCUCUUCAGGACCCGGGUCAGUCCCAUCAGGUCACACAGUGUCUGCAGAAGUACGCCGGCCGCUGCUACGUGUGCAGCCCCGGCCUGGCUUCGGUGCUGCUCCACCCGCAGUUAGCGAAGCUCCAGGAGGAAGAGGAGGAGGAUGGACUUAAAGAGCCCGAGGAAAAGGCUGAGCCUUUGGAGACCUACAGCGAUGUGGUGGUUGGAGGGACUUUCGACCGGCUUCACGGGGCCCACAAGACGCUACUGAACAUCUCCUGCCUGCUGGCGAAUCGACGCUUCCUCAUCGGCGUGUGCGACCAAGCAAUGCUGAAAAAAAAGGUGCUGAAGGAGCUGAUCGAGCCGUACUCCACCCGUGUGCAGAGACUGCAGACCUUCCUACACGACAUCAAGCCGUCGCUGCAGGUGGAGAUCGUGCCCCUCGACGACCCCUUCGGAGCGUCCAUCGUCGACCCCUUGCUGGAGUGCAUCGUGGUUAGUGAGGAGACCAAGAAGGGAGGCGAGGCCGUCAACAAGAAACGGCUGGAAAAUGGCCUCCCGGUUCUUGUCCUUCAUGAGAUCCAGUUGCUGAAAGACGCUCACCAUACCGAGGCAGAGGAGGAGAAGAUCAGCUCCUCCAGUCUGCGCUCCCGCCUGCUGGGAACCCUUCUCACCCCACCCAAAGACAAGCCUCACCUGCCUCCUCUUCCAUACGUGAUCGGCCUGACAGGCGGGAGCGGCAGCGGGAAGAGCUCCAUCGCCAAGCGGCUGGAGGCCCUCGGCGCGGUCCGGAUCGACUGUGACAAACUGGGCCACGAGGUGUACGAGCCGGGCACGGCGGCCUAUCACAGAGUGCUGGAGGAAUUCGGGUCAGACCUUCUGAAUGAAGACAAAACCAUCAACAGACGUGAAUUAGGAAGGAGGGUGUUUGGAAACCAGGAAAGACUAAAAGCCCUGACUGACAUUGUAUGGCCGGAGAUUUCUCUUCUAGCGAAGAGCCGGAUUAACCAGGCCCGAGAUGAAGGGAAGCAGGUUUGUGUGCUGGAUGCAGCAGUUCUUCUGGAGGCCGGCUGGACAGACCUGGUCCACGAGAUCUGGGUCACCAUCAUCCCAGAGGAGGAGGCGGUGUCCAGGAUCACGGAGAGAGACGGAGUGAGCGCGGAGGACGCCCUGCGCCGCCUGCACAGCCAGUGGUCCAACAGCAGGCAGGUGGAGCAGGCGAACGUCGUGCUGAGCACGCUGUGGGAGCCAGAGGUCACCAGGAAGCAGGUACUAAAAGCGUGGAAUCUCCUCCAGAAGAGAAUCCAGCAGAAGCAAGAUAAUCGAUAGAAAAGACGUCUGGAUCUCCGGUGUGUGACGGGUAACAGUCAUGUCUCUAAAUGACGGAGCCAUGUGAGAAAACACUGCCUUAAGAAGAGGUGAGGACGACCCCAACACGCUCCUCCUCCUCUCUGACCAAGACUCAGUGCCUGAUCGACCCAAAACCCAAAAGUAUUUCACCAUCGCUUGUUGGCAUUACUCCUGAUUAAAAUAUUUUCCUCACGAAACGGCAUGCUUCUGAAUGAAUCUCGUUUAAAUGCUGCGUCCGCAACUUCACUGGAUGACUCUGAAAAAUCACAACUUCUGUUUUUGUUCUGUUUUCUAAUUUUAGACGCUUUGAAUGUUUCUUAGAAAAAAGUCAUUUUUGGUAGAAGGAUGGUUUGUCAGUUAAAAGUCGUGUGGGUUGUCACUGUUGAAUCAUGCAGUAAUCAAUUUAAACUUUUAAAAAUUUCUCUAUAUUGUCCGUUCAGUUGUCAUUUGUACGUUCGCCUCGAAAUCGGCCAAUUCUCACACCAGAAGCUUCCUGCUGAAAUGUGAUCGGAAGUCAUAAGAAAAAAAAAAUGGCUUUUUUUUUUUUUAGUUUGAACCAAAUACUCUAAAGGGCUGUUCAAUUUCAUCAUGUGUGAAUGAAAGACCUUUUCAUAUUUGUUUACAGGAGUUUCACUGUUUUAGCCAUACUGAGGACAAAGUGUGAUACGUCACUAACGUUUGUCAAACGGCGCUAUAAAACUUGUUCAGUGAUGUCAAGUCGGUCUAAUCUUCUGUAACCUUUUCCAGAUGUCAUUAAACAGACUUGCAUGUCAUCUGCUAAAUCCAUGAAAUUGCUUUGCAAAAGAAAAGAUUAAAUAUAAAGG